CGAGAAGAAGAAGGGAGGGGGAAAAGAAUCGGGGAAGGAUGCAGGGGAAGACGGCGAAGGCGAACCAGCUGUCGCUGGAGGAGUACCUGGACUUCCUCCACUCCCGGAACCGCACCCGCCUCACCGUCAGCUCCCUCAAUCAGAUCAUCCAGAUGCACGGGUUCAGGAAGCUCCACAGCCACCCCAAGAGAGUGCUGCUGGAUGCCGUGGAAGCCAUCGAGCUCGUGGAUCCCUCGCGAUCCACGCUGCACGAGAGCAUCUCGUCGCCGCGCCGCGGCGGCGGCGGCGCGCGGCUCUCCCUCGCGGACGUGAUCACCGACGUCGACGAGCUCGGGUGGCACGAGUGCGUCGUCGCCUCCGUCGAGAUCGUCGGCGAAGAGGACCUGCUGUCGGCGAGCGAUGGCUCCAAGCGCCGGGGGAGACCGAAGAAGACAGGCGGUGGAGCGUUCGGUUGCAAGAGGACGGCUUCGUCGGGCUCGGAGACGGGCGGCGGCGCGGGAGAAGAUGCUCCGAAGAGGAAGGCGUCGAAAGGGGCGAAUGCCGGUGGUUCCGCUGGCAGUGUGGGCGGCAAUGGCAACUGCUCCUGGUCGAAUCAGCUGGAGAUCGGAAUCCGUCGGUGACAGUUCUGCAAGGACUGGGGAACGAAAACUAGCGACCAGAGCUGCUUGACCUCUCUCCGCCAUGGUAAAGUUCGACGAGAUUCAAAUGCUCAUCAAUCUCGUCUCAACGAACAAGAUAACGCUUUUUUUUUUCCACUUCAUAGCGAAGAAGAUUAAUCUCGCUUUGCAAUUGCAAUAAUCAUAGACUGUAAUCGUUGAUGCUACGUUGAUGUCGAAUCGAAAUACAUUACAC